UACGGGCGACAUGAUGUAACUUGAUGCAAUCUUUUUGUCUUGUAUGAAACGUUACGUAGGAAAUACGUGCGAGGAGAUUAGUAAAUUGUGAUAUUAAUUUGCCAUUGAUUACGCUUUUAAGUUCUUUGUAUUAUACGGGAAACUUUUAUAGAGAGUUCUGUUUAGAAUAUCUUUAAUUGUAGGAAAGUAUUAUUUAUAUAUAUAUAUAUUAAUCUCGUAUUUGAUUAAAUUAUUACAAAUAUAAGGAAAAUUUCCGUUGGAAUACAUAAUAAUGGAUCAACGAAUGUAUAAAAUUUACAAUAAAGAAGACUUUGAUCGAAUUACAAAAGGUAUCAAAGUGGCACAAUGCAUGCAGUCACGAUCGUCAUCCGUUUCAGAAACAGAUAAUGUAGUAACUCAGCUUGAAGAAUUAGUUGUAUCAGAUUCCUUAAGCUGCUCUUUUUGUAAUACUGUAUUUGAGGAUAAAAAACACCAGAGAUUACAUUAUAAACUAGAUUGGCAUCGUUAUAAUCUUAAACAACGUUUAAAUGGUCUGAAGUCAAUUAGUGAAGAUAGUUUCAAUCUUUUAGCGGAUGAAGGAGAUGUAUCCAGUCUUUCUGGUAGUGAGGUAGAUUCUGACAAUGAAGAUGAUACAGGUACUUCAGAAACAGGAGGAUCAUCAAGUGUGUAUACAAAAAAUAAUGAAUCUAUAAGUAAGAAUGAAAAUUCAUCUAUUGUAAAAAGUAAAAAACAGGAAAAAAAGGGAAAAUCUGCAGAAUUAGUAUCUGAUAGUUCAGAUACAGAGUGUAAUGAAGAAAUAUCUAGAGAAAAAAAAAAUCAAGAAUUACUUGCUAUUGCUAAUCGUCAUUCCAAAGUAUUUUUUGAAAAUGACGAUGGAAAUAUAUUUAGUAUAUAUAGAUGCUUACUUCAUAACAAAAAGGAAAUUCCUGAGAUGGACAAUGAGAUGAUAGCUCAAGCAAUGAAUAGUGGGAAGAAAACAUCAUGGACCAUUAUCAUGGUUGGAGGUGGACAUUUUGCAGCAGCAGUAUUUCAAGAUGGAGAACCAAUUGUGCAUAAAACCUUCCAUUCUUAUACUGUUCGAGCAAAGCAGGGCGCUGUACAAACUUCUCGUGAUAGUCGUACAUUGGGUAGUCAUCCAAAAAGUGCUGGAGCAAGUUUGCGUCGUUAUAAUGAAGCAUCUCUCAUACAGCAUGUUCAAGAAAUAUUGGAAUUAUGGACGAGUCAUAUCAACAAUUCAUCAUUAAUUUUAUAUAGAGCUGUGGGACCACAUAAUCGUACCAUACUUUUUGGUGGUAAAAAUCCACCUUUAGAUAAAAAUGAUUCCAGAUUAAGACCAUUGCCAUUUCCUACCAGAAGAGCUACAUAUAGCGAAGUUAAGCGUGUAUAUGAUAUAUUAAGUACAAUGGAAAUAUAUGGUUCUGCAGCAGAUUUUACUGAUUGUUUCCCUAUUUCACCGCGACAACCACCACGAAAAAAGAUUUCCAAAUCUGAUCUAUUAGUUGAAGUACCUGAAGAAGAAAUAAAUUCAAGUUCUAAUAUUAAUGUUACGAAUGAUAUAAAUAGCUUUAAAAAUAAUGAGAAAUUUAAAACAACAGUGCAAGCAUCGCCAGAAAGGCAGCAUAGGAAUUCACGCGCACACAUAGAUAGAGCAAAACCACGUAAAAGUCCAUGUCGUCCUUUGCCUGACAUUGUUAUUAAGUUAGCUCUAACAUCUGCAGAGUCUGAAACCAGUGAAAACAAUAGUUGCACUGAUAAUCGAGUAGAUAUGCCUCUAAUUGAACAUAAUAUGGAAAUUGAUUUUAGAGAACAUUUACUCGCUUUUCAAGAUACUGUACCACGAUAUAUGAAAAAUAAGAAAACUCGUAAACAAAAGAAAAAAGUGAAAAAAAAUCACACAGAUGAGUCUGCAGUAAAUGAAGUAUUACAUAAUGCUAAAGAUCAAUUAUGGACUGCAUGUGAAUUGGGUGAUAAUGAAUUAUUAACUUCUACAAUAGAUAUUUUAUUAACUGAAGUUAAAAAAUUCGAGUCGAUAUUAGAAGAAGAAAGCAAGGUGGAUACCCAGGCAUUUUUAAGUAUGGAAAGUGUGAUAAAGUUGUUAAAUGACGGAAAUGAAGAUGGUAACACAAUGCUUCAUUUAGCAGCAGUUGGUGGACAUUUAAAAUUAAUAUGGGCGUUAUUAGAAAUUGGUUCGAAUCCUUGCAAUAAAAAUAAAAAAUUACAAACACCUUAUGCAGCUUCAAAAGAUAAAGAAACUAGAAAUACAUUUAGAAGAUUUAUGGGUACUUAUCCUGAUAAGUUCAAUUAUAGUAAGUCACAAAUACCUGGACCACUUACUGAUGAAAUAGAACAAGAAGAAAUGGAAAAAAAGAGGCAACAAAGAAAAGUGAAACGUGAGAAAGAAAAAAUAAAAAAACGAGAAUUUGAAGUAAAGAAGCAAGAGGAAGAAGCGAAGCAACGAUUUCUAAAUUUAAAUGAUAAGGAAAAGAGGGCAUUAGUCGCAGAGAAUGUUUCAAAAGAAAAUCGUACUGUUCGAUGCUUUCAAUGUGCUGUGGACAUAACAAAUCAGGUGCCUUUUAGUUACAACUCAAAUUAUUUCUGUUCAAUGCCUUGUUUAAAAGAACAUCGCCUUCAUAACAAACAUAUUCUCUAGUGGAAUAUAUGUUUAGAAUAAAUUUUAUAUGAAUUGAAAUAUACAACAAAAUAAUUAAGCUACGUGCUUUAAUUAUAUAGUUAAACAAAUAUUUUAAAUAAUUGAUGGAAAUGAUUCAUUACAUAAAUAAAAAAAAAUGUUAUACGCAUAUAUUAAAUAUUAAUUUCUGAUUUAGUUUAAUAUAGAAGGACAUGUAUAGUUUUGGGGCGUAUAUUUGGGUAGAAGAAAUAAAAAAUACGUUUUUUUAAAUAUUUUCAUUGAAUAUACAUAAUUGAAUAUCAGUGAUCUCAAUAGACCUUUAUUAAUAUUUAUGCGUUAAAUUGAAACGGAAAUUUUAUAAAAGAUGAAUUAAAAUUGCACAGUUUACGAGAACAUUUGUUUGAAUGCAAGCAUAAGAAAAAUAUUCGCACAUAUAUUGGAAUAUAUUUAUAUGUUUUUAAAUACUGUACUAAAAAAUAAAUAAUUAAUCGAUCAUAAAUUCUGCAAUAUCAGUCCUAUGUUUGUUCAUGAAACUGUGACAAUUACUUACAGAAUUAUCAUACAAUAAAUGAGAUAAUCGCUGCGCACUACGAUUUAAAGUAUAUGUACUGAAUGGAAAAAAACUAUCAAGCGUAUAAUUACAAGAAUUAGUAUCAUGAAUAAUUGGUAAUUGAUGUCGUGAAUUACUUUCAAUUAUUGUAUAACAAUAUGCCAAUUGAUACGUCCGUGAUACGUCAGCAAAAUUAUGUACGAUUUCAGAUUGGCAUGAUUUAAGAGGGUUUAAUUUGCAUGUUACAAUUCUAGGUAAAUCUAAUUCGUGUAGACACAUCAUAUCUGUAAAAAAUAAAUAACUUAUAUUAGCAUGUUUAUAUAUAUAUAUAUAUAUAUAUAUAUAUAUAUAUAUAUAUAUAUACACACACAUAUAUACAGAAUAAGAUAUUUAAUAAAUGGAUACAUCCAGUUUUAUUGAAUUUUAAAUUUAGCGAUAUUUUUAAAUUUGCAUUUAUUCUGACAAAUUUUUUGUAGGCAAUAUUUUUAAAUAUCCGAAACAAGAAGGAUAAUUAAGUUUUCAUAUUUAAAUGUACCAUUCUGUAUAAUUAGAUUCGUAGUACUUACUAUUUUUUGUACCAAUAAAAUCUUUGUGUCUAGCAGUCACAAUAAAAAAUAAUGCUUGACAAACAGAAUAAAAUACAGGAUGAUUCAUUGGAUCAUCACUGACAUAAUCUGAAUUUUCUUCCAUAUUGAUAUAAUUAUGUAUCCACUUUGCUAAAUUGGACUGUGUUUUUUUUACUAAUCUGAAAUAGUUAUAUGUUUUAGAUACAUUAUUUAUAACAUAUAAAAUAGAAAAAUGAAAUAAGUUGCAGAGACAAAUUUAAUAAUUACCCUGACGAAACAAAUGAAGCUGCAGCAACUAAGCUUGCAAUAUAUGAUACAGAUGUAUGUCUCAGUAUAGUCGGUACAUUUGGAUCAGUUACUUUCCUCCAAAGCCAGUCUAGAAAAGCUUCUACAACUGCUACUUUAAAACUACAAAUGUAGAACAUGAUGUAUUGCACAUAUUGACUUGCAUGUGUAGGUAAUAUUAUUGUUUCAAACAUUUUCAAAAUAUCAAGAUAAAGCUUUUUAAGAGA